UUACUAAUAUUAUCGGAUUUAACGAUAAGAAGUAACUAUUGAACUGACUCGUCUGACUAAGUUGUUGUGGCGCGAUGUUUUCGACAAACGGACGUUUUGUGUUUUAUAUUUGUUGGCUUCUAACAAUCAGUGCCGCCAACACAAGAAUCAAAACGCUGCCAACAAAACAGUUCCCUCGUGAGUUCAGUUUUGGAGCAGCGACAGCCGCUUACCAAAUAGAAGGCGCAUGGGAUGUCGAUGGUAAGGGUCCGUCGAUAUGGGACUACCUAGUGCACACGGACCCUGGCCACAUCACCGACAAGAGCAACGGAGACAUUGCCGAUAACUCUUAUUACAACUACAAGAGAGACAUCGAAAUGUUGAGGGAGUUAGGUGUUUCACAUUACAGGUUCUCCAUAUCUUGGACAAGAAUUCUUCCAUUUGGCCGAGCCAACUACGUGAACCAACGAGGCAUCGACUACUACAAUAAACUUAUUGACGAACUCAUAGCAAAUGAUAUCGUACCUUUCACGACCAUAUACCAUUGGGAUUUGCCCCAAAUUCUUCAGGAACAUGGUGGCUGGAUGAAUGAGAAGAUAGUAGACUGGUUUGGAGACUAUGCUCGAAUCUUGUUUCAAAACUUUGGCGAUCGCGUGAAGCUGUGGACGACAAUAAAUGAGCCAUUUGUCCAUUGUUACUUUAGCUACGGUUAUGGCGUCCAUCCUCCUAGAAUCAGGUCCCCAGGUGUUCAGUUCUAUGAGUGUGGAAGGCAAAUUCUGCUGGCGAACGCCAGGGCAUACCAUAUAUACAACGAUGAGUUUAGAAGUACGCAAGGUGGCAAAGUUGGUAUCGGUUUAAAUUCCGAACAUGUGUUUCCCGCUUCAGAUUCGAAAGAUGAUAUUGAAGGCGCUAAAGAUUACUUAGCUAUCCACUUUGGCCAAUACAUGCAUCCGAUCUUUUCAAAAUCUGGAAACUACCCGCAGCGAAUGAUACACCGCGUACAGGCUGCUAGCACUGCUCAAGGACACAACUCCUCAAGACUUCGUGGCUUCAAUCGGGAGCAGAUUACCUACAUCAAAGGCAGCGCGGAUUUCCUGGGACUCAACCAUUAUUACACGAAAUAUGUAUAUAGGAACAGUUCUGUCAUUGGAGUGUUCGAGGUACCGUCGAUGGACGAUGAUGCGUUUGCGGAUUCUUAUUUGGAUCAAUCUUGGCCAAGUUCGCACGCUCCAUGGAUCAGGGAGUAUGGACCCGGUUUGCACCACCUCCUGGUCCACAUAAAGGACACAUACGGCAACCCCUUAGUGUACAUAACGGAAAAUGGAGUGUCCACGACUGCGGGUCUCAAUGACCAUACCAGAGUGUCCUACUACAGAAGCUACCUUAGUGCGGUACUCGAGGCGCUUGCUGAAGGCUGUAACGUGCAAGGAUACUUUGCGUGGAGCUUAAUGGAUAAUUAUGAAUGGUCCCACGGUUAUACACAUCGCUUCGGCCUGUACGAGGUGGAUUGGGAAGAUCCUGAGCGGACCAGAACACCCAGAAAGUCAGCGUUUGUCUACAGAGAAAUUAUACGUAGUCGGACCAUUGACUACAAUUACAAUCCGGACCCAUACGCCGGCAGCACAAGCACCAUCACCAGCUCUCUCCUUGUUUUAGUUAUUGUUGUUUUAGCUGGAUUAAUUAGCUAAUCUACUCAUCUUCAUCAUUUUGUUUGCGUUUGUCUAUUGACGUAUUUACUUCAAUAGCGGUUCUAGGUGCAAACAGUUUAUUUAUGAUCUUGGCCAGGUUCACCUGU